AUGCCUCCCAAAGAGUCAGUCAAGCCGAAGAAGAAGCCUGAACCGCCACCACCGCAGUAUUUUGAUGAUCGAGGAGCCCCAUGUGACUUUGAGAAGUGGAUGGGCAAUCUCAAGAAGAAGUAUAUCAUGUUCUGCAAAGCCAAUAAUGAGUCUCCACCGAUGUCCCAGCUGCUGGCCAAAAUCAAAGCUGCGCUGGAAGAGGAAAAGGAGUUCACCACUCUCGGGCUCAGUGGCUUAGACAUCAACGGGGCUCACAUACUACCCCUGGUUCAGUUUAUGCAGGUCUAUGGAAAAAUCCAGCGACUUGCUUUUUGGAACACCAAUCUUGGAAAUGAUGGCUUAACCUCGCUGUCUUCCCUUUUGCCUGGAAAUAAAGUUCUUAAGCAUCUCACGAUAUCUAAUUCUAACGUUACCGAAGAGGGAUAUGGAGCGUUGUUCCAUGCACUCCCUUAUUCAGCUCUCUCGACCCUAAGUUUUGAGCAUUCUCCCAUGAACUCUGCGGUGCUUUCACGCCUGGGGGUAGCUAUUGAGAAGUGUACCAGUCUGGCGCGGCAACAAGCAAGUGCAGCUAUCGAAGAGUCUCUAGCACUCUAUCUUGCAGAACAGGAGAAACUAAAGGCAGAGGCAGAAGCCAAAAAGGGUAAGAAGGGUAAGAAAGGAAAAAAAGGGAAAAAGGGCGGCAAGGGAAAGAAGGGGAAAGCGCUCCUUACUCACGAGAAGCCCAUCAGCGAGGUGUUUAACGAAUUCUUCACACUGAGGGAAUUGAAUCUAGGAUAUUGCGGAAUAGAUCCAUUACUAGCCCCCUCUCUUAGCAUCUUAGUCGAGAAAAGUUGCAAAUUUAUCCCCACACUGAUACUGAGAGGCAAUCCCUUUGGUGCGUUUGGUUUGGGUGAGAUAGGGGCAGGCCUUUGUCGCGCAGCAAUAGACCUAAGUCAAGACGAGGCAUCACUGGCCUCCUUGACUGCUGCCCAGCCAUGCAAUACUGCAUCGGGGAACCUGCCACCAUCUGCAUCAAAAGAAUCAGUACAAUCAGAGAAGCCUGAGAGUGCUGCCGAUCAACCAGUUACUCAGGUCGAAAACACGGGUGACGAGGGCCUGGAAGCUAAGCCUCCGAUAGUAGAAGCACCAGUCGAAGAUGUAUACGUUCCCCUUGAGCCUAUUGGCUGCCCUUUAAUCCAGCUUCAGGUCUUGGAUCUUUCCAAUUGCUCUAUCUACGAAGCGCUCCCAGACUCCUAUGCAAGCUUUGGGGACGGGGUCAUUGCAUGCGCAAAUCUAUCAACAGUUCAUCUUAAGGACAAUCUUUUUACAGAUGCAGAGCUCCAAUGGAUGAGCCCCGGGCUUCUUCUGCAGCGAAGCCUUAUUGUAUGUACUCUUCCAACAACCCUAUCCAAAGAACGCGUUGCAGAACACUAUCUUGUAUUCAAGGAGCAUAAAAAAAUCCUUGAUGAAGACGCCAAGCGGCGUAAAGGAAAGAAAGGGAAAAAAGGCAAGAAAGGCAAGAAGGGGACUAAGGGCAAGAAGUAA